CAACUAUUUUUUGCACUUGAUUUUACAUUACAUUAUUGUUUGUUCUCUGUAAUAUUGUUUCGCUGUCUGCUAUCUAAGGGUAUUGCUAUUGUGUAACUCUUUUAGAUGGGUGGGAUUCCCAAGCAAGGUCCGGAAAUGACGUAAUGUUAUUAUUAUUCCAGGGAGAGGGCACGGGAAAGCACUGAACUGCGUCAACAAUUUUGAUGAUACAUUCGGAUUGCAGCUCCUGUUCAAUAUGGCAAUUGGCCUCUGCUGAGUGAUUUAUGGAACUGUUCCUGGACGGGACUUUAUUAAGCGACACCAUGGACACAUCAAACUUUGCCCACGUCAUCUUCCAGAAUGUGGGGAAGAGUUACAUGCCCCAUGCUGCACUGGAGUGUCACUAUACCCUUACACAGUUCAUCACUCCCAAUCCAAAGGACUGGGUUGGCAUUUUCAAGGUUGGUUGGAGCACAGCGAGGGACUAUUACACAUUCUUGUGGUCGCCCCUCCCUGAGAACUAUGUGGAAGGCACCGCAGUCAAUCGAAUAGUGGUCUUUCAGGGAUAUUAUGUGCCCAACGAUGAUGCAGAGUUCUACCAGUUCUGUUAUGUGACCCACAAAGGGGAGAUCAGGGGAGCCAGCACACCAUUCCAGUUUCGUGCCAACAGCCCUUCAGAGGAUGAGCUGUUGACUGUGGAGGAUGAAUGCAACUCUGACAUCCUGGUGGUCACCACUAAGGCUAGCUUCCUUGAGCAAAAGAUGGAGGAAGCCAAGAGAGAGAAAGAAGAGCUGAUGAAAAACUUGAGCCUCCUGCAGCAGGAGAAGGAGCAGCUGGAAGCUGAGAAGGAGAGUCUUCAGAAGGAGUGUGAAAAAGAGAAAGAAACCUGUGCACAGCUGAGAAGAGAGAGCCAAGAGUUGCAGAACUCUUCCCAGGCCCUGCAAGAGGAGAAAGAGGAGGUAAAGAGGAGGCUGGAGGAGGCCACGGCCAGAGUUCUACAGUUAGAGGAGGAUCUGAUUGGAGUCACCCAGAAGGGCCUACAAAAGGAAACUGAGCUGGACAGUCUCAAGGAUAGAGUGAAGAAACUUACAGCAGAGAAGGAGGCACUUGAAUCUCAUCUUAAGAAUGAGAAAGAUGAAAAGGAACUUUACAAGACUCACCUGAAAAACCGUGAGCUGGAGAACACCAAGCUGAGUGCAGAGUUGCAGAUGCUGAAGUCCGUGGACGUGAACAAGGAAAACACCAUUGCCCAGUUUAAAGAGGAAGUUGGACGCCUGCAAGCGUGCCUCACUGAAAAGGAGAAACAUUACAGAGAGAUACUGGCCAAAGUCCCCCCCUUGGGAGAUAUGAAGGCCCUGAAAGAGCAGCUGCGGCAGAAGGAGGAACAGCUCCAGGCCAAACAGCAGCAGUCCUCUUUGUUAGCCGCUGAGUUGAGGGACGCCUCUAGCACCCGCGACCGUACUAUGUCCGAACUCUACCACAUGAAGCUGGAGGCGGAUGCCAUUCGCCAAGCCAAGGCUGAAGCUCAGGCCCAGUGUGUCCGCCUGGAGCGCCUGGUAGAGCAGAUGAAGGCAGAGGCCAAGAUUGAAGCUGCCAAAGCAGAAGAAGAAGCUGCUGCCGACCCAGCUGUUUUAGCAGAGCUACAGAGAGAGGUGGAAGACCUGAAGCUGCGACUGCACAUGGCUGCAGAACACUACAAGGAGAAAUACAAGGAAUGUCAGAGACUGCAAAAACAAGUGCUUAGAUUCUCUGAUCCGCAAGGGGAUCUGAAGAGAAGCUCAGCACAAGAGGCCUCAACAAUCCCUUUAUCAGUGAGUCCAGACACUUCAGUGCCAGGGAGUCCAGGUUCUGCUGAUCCCAUGCUGGAAGCCAUCAUCCAGGAGAAACUCAAAGGCAUCAGCAGAGAGGCGUCCGACAGGAAUGACAAGUACAGGAAAUGCAAGCAGAUGCUCGUGGAGGAGAAGGAGCGUAGCUGCAUGUUUGCUGAUGAGCUGGCCAAGAUGGAGGUGAAAUUUAAGGAGCAACUGAAGAUGAAUGAGAACAUGAAACUGCAGUUGGCAGCAGAGGAAGAUCGCUACAAGAGCCAGAUAGCUGAGAAGGGACGGGAGCUAAAGGAACUGAAGGGCACUCUAGCACUUGUUGUUAAGGAGAAGGAAAAAGUAGAGGAGGAACUCCAGAAGGGCAGCAGCAGCAGGAAGGGAGAACAGGGGGCCAGUGAGAAAACUGGCUUGGAGAGUAUCCAGUCCAAUGUGCCUUUAUUCCUGCAGUACCCUGUCCCCUACACCCAAGAUGCCCCCACCCCACUGCUGGUCUCUAAGAGCCCCAGCAAGCUGCAUUUUGGGAACCCUUACUCCAUCUCAGACUCUAAAGAUGAGGGGGAUGAGGAGUUCUUAAAUGAUCAGCUGCUUAGGCCCCCUGUGGGGCCGCCCUCCUGGGACAGUAAUGUGGUGUGUAACCAGCCCACCCGCAAUUAUAGCCGUCCAGAAGGCCACGAGGAGUCAGAGGAAAAUCAAAACAUCAACAAUGGUAAUACCAAUGAACAGCCCACAGCAACUGAAACUCACAGCCCAUUUGUGACCGAUGGACAAACUGCCUUCUGCUUUGAUCCCAGCAUGGACAUGAAGCGAUGUCCACUCUGUGAGGUCAUCUUCCCACCCAACUAUGACCAGAGCAAGUUCGAGGAGCAUGUGGAGAGUCACUGGAAAAUCUGCCCCAUGUGCAGCGAGCAGUUCCCGCUGGACUGCGACCAGAAGGUGUUUGAGAAUCAUGUGCUCACUCACUUUGAUGGCCACCCGCUCAACUUCGACUGAAGAAACAGAAAAUCAGCACAUUCAGUCUGCCUACUUCCUGUCGCCACUGAAAUAAAUCACUCUGCACUCUUUUCUGCAUGUAAUGGUGUGAAGAGCUACUCUUUAGGACUAUACUGACUUUCGCUUUGUUACUUCAACUUAGAGAAACACUUUGAAGUGAUGUGACAUUUUGAAAUGACAUUGGACAGUGGAAGAUUUCCCUUCAUUUGGAAUUUGAAGAAUAAUUUAGGGGGAUAAGACUGUUGUAUGUACAAUACCGACUUUAAAUUGACUCGGCUCACACAGAUCUGUCAGACUACAGGAUGUAAUGAAUCAGGGAAAGUGUUUACCAAACUUACAUUUAAAAUAUCCAACCAAAUGGUCCCCCCCCCCCCCCCUUAAACUUCACUGUACAGGUCAUUUGCUCAUUCUUUUUAGAAAGCAGCUUUGCUGCACUAUAUGCAGUCAGGGAGAUAUCUUCAGUGAUUACAUUCAGACAUGAUAAUACAGUAUAUCAUCAGAUCAUCUAUUUUAGAAUAAUUAAAGCUAAGGAUAUUGUGAAAGCCUUGGUUCUUUUGUGUAUGAGAUAGAUUUGUUUUAUGUUAGGUUUCCUUUGUUUUGAUUUAUAAAUAUUUAAUUGGGGUUUUUUUUUGUGUCAGAAUCCUUAUGACCUUUCAUAGCAUCAGCUAAUCAGUGCAUGCUGAGCUUAUGUUAAAUUUCCUUCUUCGGUUCUUCUCUUUUACAAUAAUAAGUUAUUUCAUCCAUAGAUAUGUUUCAUUUGUUAAGUGAGUUUCAUGUAUCUAAUAUGAACUAAUAAAGUCUGUUUGAAUCUGAAA